AUGGCGGCGGGCGGGCCCUCGCGGGCCCCGGAGCGGCGGCAGGAGCCGGAGCGGCGGCAGGACCCGCUGGCCCGCCUCACCUGCCCCGUGUGCCUCGAGGUGUUCGACAGCCCGGUGCGCGUCCCCUGCGGACACGUCUUCUGCACGCCGUGCCUGCAGGAAUGCCUGAAGCCCAAGAAGCCGGUCUGUGGGGUGUGCCGCAGCACCCUGUCAGCUGGGAGCAGAGCCCUGGACUUGGAAAAGCAAAUUGAAACAACAGAAACCACUUGCAACGGCUGCAAUAAAAAAAUGUACCUGUCCAAGAUGCGCAGCCACGCAGCCUCCUGCUCCAAGUACCAGAAUUACAUCAUGGAAGGCGUGAAAGCUGUCACUAAAGAGCCCCUCCACAACACCAGGAGCUUCCCGAAUCGCUUCACCUUCCCUUGCCCGUACUGCAGCGAGAAGAACUUUGAUCAAGAGGGGCUGGUUGAACACUGCAAAGCUUUGCACAGCAUGGACGCAAAACAAGUGGUUUGCCCAAUUUGUGCCUCGAUGCCGUGGGGAGACCCCAAUUACAGGAGUGCUAACUUCAUGGAGCACCUGCAGAGACGGCAUCGCUUUUCCUACGACACCUUUGUGGAUUACGAUGCCGAUGAGGAUGAUAUGAUGGCGCAGGUUCUGAUGCGCUCCUUGCGGGAUAAAUGAUCCGGCCAGGAGAUUCACUGCAAACCCAAGCUUCCACGAGGGGGAAGUGCCCAGCAUCCUUGCACUUCUCCCUGCACAUCCCAAGAUUAACUCAGGCAUCCAGAAGUACAGAAGACUUUAAUCCUAUCUCAGUUUUGAGUCCUGGUUUGGUAUUUCUGUACCAUUCAGUCUUUUGGUAUCAUGGUCUCUGACAUUCAGCCCUGUCAGCCCCAUUUUUCUACUUGCUUAGACUCAGUUUCAUUGUAGAUCAACACGUGGGGACCAGGGCUUUUUUUCCUUUACCUAUGCCUAUUGAUUUCUUUGGAAGUUGUGUUUAUUUGACUGUCUAAAAUUAAAAACAUUCCAGAUGGAAUGGCCUGAACUAGUUAAUAUCUUCCCAAUCUCAUGUACAUAUCUCAAGUGAUUGUAUGUGAGGUGUACUGGUAGCUCUGCUCCCCUUUAGUGAGACUUCAGGUGCUAACUGUAACUGUCAGACCAGCUCUCAUUUAAGUGACCUCUGAUACCUGUGAUCCCAUACUGUUUCCCAGUGUUUCAAUCCUUACAGGCAGCCUCCCAGCUGUAUGGAGAACAUAUCUUCAGUAUGAGUGUUCAAACUGCAAACUUUCCUAGGAAGUCUCUGCACUGUGUAAAAACUAGUUCAAAAUACUUCAGUUCUAUGCAUGAUGAUUACUUUCCUCUGUAUUCUUACUAUACUUUCUAGCCUGGAAAAUGAUCUUCAGUGUUGGUCUUACUUAAAAUGCAUAAUUUUUUAACUAUCUUAGCAAAUAUUAAUCAAAAUUGCUGGCUUUAUGAUUGAAUUGGUGAGUUUGAAACUGGUUUCCUAGUAAUUUUAAGCCUUAUGCUGAUGGGGGAGUUCAGAAGGUUUUUUUCAAUACCUCGGCUUUCUAUUUAAAAUUUUCACAUAUGUUCUUGGGUUUUCCAUCUCUCAAGGCAAGCUGGUGGAAAAACUUACAAGUAAUUCCUAGCACUGGCAUAGCACUUCCGUUCUGUAUCACAGAUUUUAUCAGGUAGUUUGAAUUCCUGUUCUUCAUUGAAAUGUUCCUGAAGUAGCUGAAGCUGUACUUGGAUUGUUUGCCAUCUGGCAGUGUGUGUGUAGAGACAGGUGUGGCUUUCAAGGAAAGGUAAAACACAGCCCUGAAAGCAGGACAGUUCCAGCCUCCAGUCAGUGGAUACUCUGCGUUCAAGCCUGCACUUCUGCCAGGGAGAGUCCUUAAUUUUAAGUUGAUGCUUUCAUUAAGUUCACAGUCGAGCUGCUGAGGUCUGAGGCACCUGACCAGAACCUGUAAAUCACGGUGUUGAGAUGGCCAACGCGAGCUGUAACUGGAGCAGCGGCCUGCACCGCCCCAGAGUUGAGUACUAAUUAAUGGAUUUGAGCAGUGACCUUGUCCCGUCGUGCUCUGCAGACAGCAGCAUAGCCUUACCCUGAAAAUAACGAAACACGCUCCAGCUAAAGCCUUGUGGUUCAGCCCUCUGGCAGCCCUCAGCCCACCUGGGGGUUUGUGUUCCUUCCCCGUGGUCGGGGCUGGUGCAUCUCACCCCUGAGCUGCAGCGUGGGCACGGGGAGCCCAGUGCUGUGGGGAGGGGAGACGUGGAGCUCCUGCUUCUGUGGGGAAACUGCUGUGUUUGGGGCGGUUCUUUUAAUGCUUGGCCUGCAGAGGUGAUGAUGGUCCGUUGGGGAUUGGAUGGGAUCUCUGGGAUCUGGCUACAGCUCAGUUUGGCAAUGCCCAUUGCCAGGAAUCCUGAUUCCUGCUUCUGUUCUAAGUGCACUUCCAUGCAAUUCUGAUAAAACGUUUAAGGAGCAAUUAGAAGCGUCCAAGCAAUUACUUUGUCGUGGUUCUGACUUUUGAAGACAAGUUACAAAUAAAGGCCAUUUAAUUUAUAAAAUCCUA